CCGCGUUCGCAGAGCCCUUACGAUGCUUCGCAAUCUGUCCGUGUGUCUGAUAUCAUUUAUCGGGCUCUGGUGCCUGAGCAAUACUCACACCCAGCGCCUGCCCCCAGAAGGGCGAAUGCGCCCCUUGCAAGACGACUCGAUCCGCUCUCCCGUGGACCGCGACAUAGUCUUUCCGGAGUUAGACGCGGGACCAGGCAAGCCCGAGGAGAAGAUGUGGUUUCACAUAACAGACUUUCAAUUUGAUCGGGUGGAGGGCCCGACCCAGCCCAAGCCCAAGCCCAGACAAUACCCCCCGCCGCCGAUGCCCGGCCAGCCCUUUCCGCCGCCCCCCGGGGGCUUUAAAAAGAAGGAAAACAAGCAACGCCGCCUCUGCGAGCAAAAAUAUUCCGAAUAUGUGGAGCGCAUCUUUCCCAAUGAUACCGCAGUGGCUGCCGAUGCCAACGACGCAGACUUCGAUGGUCGGGUCCUGGCCCGGCCCGGCUGCCGUGGGCUUCGAGUCGGACAGAGGGCAAGUGGACUACAAAUGUGGCGGCAGCUUGAUAAGCGAGAGAUUCGUGCUUACCGCAGCCCACUGUACAUCCAUAUACGAGGCGCCCCCCAAGUGGGUUCGCAUCGGGGACCUUGACCUGGCCUCCGAGAAGCGGUCGGUGGAGGCCCAGCUGCUUCGGAUUGAGCAAGUGUUCGCGCACCCAAAUUACAAAAAAAAGAUGUACUAUGACGACAUAGCCCUACUUAAGCUGGAGAAGGAAGUGGAGUGGGUACCCAACAAGACAGAAGUGCGACCGCUGUUUGCUAACACGAUUCUCUAAGACUGACGGAAUACGUUAGACCUGUCCGCCUGUGGGUCUUUCCAGAGCUGCCCACUACGAUAGCCUUCGCAAUGGGGUACGGCGCAACGAGCUUCGCCAAGCCCAUGACGAACCGCCUCACAAAUCUUAACCUGACCGUAGUGCCGAACGCUGAGUGCAACGCCGAGCUGCCGCCUCUUGCUGAAACUCCCAGUGGAGUUCUGGAAAGCCAGAUCUGCGCCCAGGACUACAUUCUCAACAGAGACACUUGCCAGGGGGACUCGGGUGGACCCCUACAACUGAAUUUGCCGGGUCGGCGCCGAGGGCAUAGAAUACACUAUCACCUAAUUGGCAUCACCUCAUACGGCGUGUUCUGCCGCAGUAGUUACCCAUCAGUUUACACCAGAGUGUCUUCUUUCUUGGACUGGAUCGAACUUACUGUUUGGGCCUGACAGAUGCCUACAUCAGCCCAACAACUAUUUUCACAGGAGAUAUUUAAAUACAUUGCUACAACAUUACACUAGUGAAUUGUAAAAAUAAAUUGUGCUAAACAGUG